AUGGGCGCCUUACGCGGCGGCGACAAACCCAAGAAGCAUAAGGACCGUGGUGUAAAGUUCAAUGAGAAGCACACACUGAAGUAUGGCCUGUCCGUAUGCAGUCGAAACGCCAAGACGGACGUGGUAGAGACCGUAAUGUGUAGAUUUUGCGUAGCUUUUGGCAAAGAGUCGGCGGCCGACGCGACCCGUAAACGGCGUGCAACGGCCAAUAUCAAGUACUUUCGACAACCAUUUCGCGCCGAUCACUACCUUUCACAUUUAGAGAUCAAUCACAAGCACAAAUGGACUGAGUACGAGCAAUUGUCUAGCCCCGAGAAAGAAUUAUUUCUUGGAGUGCCCGUGGAGGGGUCCACCAUUAAUCCACCAGCAAUUGUGCAACCAUUAAGUCACGCCCAGAAUAACUAUAACGGCGAUGCAGAAAUUAUAUUGAAAACAGUGGUUCCAGCCGUGCAGCGUGUGGUGCCCGUGCACCUGUCAGUCUCAGAAGUUGAGAAACCGGUGGUAGAUAAGCUUCUGGGUGACAUUUUUUUCAGCGCUAGUGAUGAAAACGGGUUGCCGAAGAAGUUGGCGCUGGAUGUUUUCCAUCACAAAGCGACUUUAGAAAAUUACGAAAUUGUUAUUAAGAACCAGCGGCUAUAUGACCUAGCCAUUAAGUUCGUGGCAUGUGGCGCGUCCUUCCGUCUAGCUUCGCGCAUGGUACAGUGCACAAGAGAAGAAACUAAAAUGGUUUGCUAUGGUGGUUGUUCAGAGCACAUUGUAGCAGGCUAUGUCCGUGCAGUUAUAGCCAGCAACCUGCAGAAGAUUGCGCUAAUGAUGCGUUGUUCGUGGGCGUUUGCGAUAGCAACAGACGCAACUGUUCAUCAAGGCACAUCGUAUUUGGAUAUUCGUGUGCGUUUCUGGCAGAAUGGCGCUUUGCAAGACUUUCAUCUUUGUACUCUGCCCGCGUUCGAUCAGCACCCCGCUCAAUCCAAUAUGGACCGCCUUGAAAAACUCUUCGAUGUUAUGGAUUCACAAUGGCGAAGCAAACUGCUUGGAGCAACUACCAACGGCAGCAUUAACGCAGGACGCAAUACUGGAAUGACGGGUAGCCAACAGAGACUUUUAAUUCAGCUUACGACACUUGUGAACAAGCCUGCUUUUUAUCUAAUCUGGUCUGGUGUUCACCAAUUGGAGUUUGUCGUCAAAUACUGUGUCUCUUCGUUUUGCCAAAAAGCAUUCUACGAUGAAUUAGUGUCAGUUCUUGCAACGCUGCGGCAUGACCAACGGAGCUCUGGCCAAGAGAGAAUGCUGUGUCCUUUUGUCAAUGAGAUUAUUCCUGAUGUCAUGGCUGCGUUUUUGGUUACACGAGGCUUCACCGGAAGGUUGAUGGAUGCACUCAAGUGGCUGAUGGAGCGCCGUAAAACCAUUGUCCAACGGCUGCAAACUACAUCUCCCUCAUCCGUGCCAUCUGCUUCUUGGUGGGUGUGUGUAGCCGUUGCGUACCGUGUUAUGGUUGAGAUUGCGGAUUUUAUGCAGAAAUUGCUGAGCUUAGAGAAUGGAGCGAAUUCUAUAGGCGAAGAGGUGCAGGAAUUGUGCAAGUUAGCAUUGAUUUUGGUGGAUGUCGUUGGAGCUCGACGAGACUUGUGGGAGUCACUCGACUCCGAUAAAGCUUGUGCCUCAGGAUCUUUCCAAUUAGCGUUUCAGAACGCGCAGCAUUUUAUCCAGAAUGAGGGUGGUGCGCUGGCUAUUGAGAUGUUUGACACGCUUCGAGGAGUUGAGCGACUACACAUCAUUAAAUCGGUAGCACACUUUGCAGUAGCCCUGAUUGCUGAAGUUAGUAUGAUUGCUCAAGAGGGUCGGCACUUUUGCGCUGAAAAUAUUGGCGUGGUUGUGAGUCCGCCAACUGUGCUGCCCGUCAAAUUGUGUAAAGUGGGAGAAGAAGCCUUUUUUAAGAUUGUUAGCGAGCAGGAGCCGCGGUUGCGUGAAACCUUUUCGGACAAAGAGAUCAAGACCAUUCGGAGUGAGUACGAUGAGUUUGUGCUGGCAGUGGACCGUGAUCCUAAUCUUGGCGGUGUACUGAAAAAGCAUGACUGUGACACGGACAUUUCGUUUGCCUGGUCCUGUGUUGAUGGCAGAUUCCGCAUGUUGCAGGAGUUUAUUGGUGGGCUUGCGUCUGUAGUUCCUGACAUGGCCGCAAGUACUCUAUCAGCGUGCUUGGCCACCUUGAACUGGGAGAAGCCAGACUUUCGUCAGACGAUGGUCGACUUUGCGCUCGAGGGUAUCUUGCAUGCCAAGCAGAAGAUGAAGGUGGAGCUGGUGGAUGUACAAUGCUUGCAUUCUACAGCGUCGUGUCUCACUGCCGACGAGAGUGUGCCAGGGUGCGUGUGCGCCAGGCACUCUCGACGUGACUGA